UUUCUAAAGGAAAUGUUAUCUUUGCACAGAGAGGUCUGGUGUAAGUGAGAUGUCUUUCUGACUUUGGUAAAGCAGAGUAGAUUUUCAGAGACAAAGAUGAAAAAAAGCUACAGUCAUUUGUGAAGUGCGCUCAGACGUUCAAAAAUGAAAGUUCCUAUAAAACACCUCAGCUUUGCCUUUUUGGUAUUAUCCUUUACAUUUGUACAAGCUCAAGGCAUUGUCACGGUAGGCGGUAAUGAUCCUGGAAAAGUGUGUGUCUUCCCCUUUUCCUAUGACAAGCAGAUGUACUUCGAAUGCACAACAAUCAAUAACAACCACAUUCCCUGGUGUGCCACAACCAGUGAUUAUCCCAAAGACAACAAGUGGGGUAAUUGCCCUUUUACAGGGCCUCCUACCACUGGUGGAAACAGUAAUGGUGCACCCUGUAAAUUUCCAUUUAAAUACAACAAUAAGGAUUACUAUUACUGCACUACAGACAAUGAGGAAUCAAAAAAACUCUGGUGCGCUACAGUUUCAAAUUAUGCUCAAGACGCAAAGUGGGGAUACUGCCCCACAUCAGGCAUUGUCACGGUAGGCGGUAAUGAUCCUGGAAAAGAGUGUGUCUUCCCCUUUUCCUUUGACAAGCAGAUGUACUUCGAAUGCACAACAAUCAGUAACAACCACAUUCCCUGGUGUGCCACAACCAGUGAUUAUGCCAAAGACAACAAGUGGGGUAAUUGCCCUUUUACAGGCAUUGUCACGGUAGGCGGUAAUGAUCCUGGAAAAGUGUGUGUCUUCCCCUUUUCCUAUGACAAGCAGAUGUACUUCGAAUGCACAACAAUCAAUAACAACCACAUUCCCUGGUGUGCCACAACCAGUGAUUAUCCCAAAGACAACAAGUGGGGUAAUUGCCCUUUUACAGGGCCUCCUACCACUGGUGGAAACAGUAAUGGUGCACCCUGUAAAUUUCCUUUUAAAUACAAUGAUAAGGAUUACUAUAACUGCACUACAGACAAUGAGGAAUCAAAAAAACUCUGGUGCGCUACAGUUUCAAAUUAUGCUCAAGACGCAAAGUGGGGAUACUGCCCCACAUCAGGCAUUGUCACGGUAGGCGGUAAUGAUCCUGGAAAAGAGUGUGUCUUCCCCUUUUCCUAUGACAAGCAGAUGUACUUCGAAUGCACAACAAUCAAUAACAACAACAUUCCCUGGUGUGCCACAACCAGUGAUUUUGCCAAAGACAACAAGUGGGGUAACUGCCCUUUUACAGGCAUUGUCACGGUAGGCGGUAAUGAUCCUGGAAAAGUGUGUGUCUUCCCCUUUUCCUAUGACAAGCAGAUGUACUUCGAAUGCACAACAAUCAAUAACAACCACAUUCCCUGGUGUGCCACAACCAGUGAUUAUCCCAAAGACAACAAGUGGGGUAAUUGCCCUUUUACAGGGCCUCCUACCACUGGUGGAAACAGUAAUGGUGCACCCUGUAAAUUUCCAUUUAAAUACAACAAUAAGGAUUACUAUUACUGCACUACAGACAAUGAGGAAUCAAAAAAACUCUGGUGCGCUACAGUUUCAAAUUAUGCUCAAGACGCAAAGUGGGGAUACUGCCCCACAUCAGGCAUUGUCACGGUAGGCGGUAAUGAUCCUGGAAAAGAGUGUGUCUUCCCCUUUUCCUUUGACAAGCAGAUGUACUUCGAAUGCACAACAAUCAGUAACAACCACAUUCCCUGGUGUGCCACAACCAGUGAUUAUGCCAAAGACAACAAGUGGGGUAACUGCCCUUUUACAGGCAUUGUCACGGUAGGCGGUAAUGAUCCUGGAAAAGUGUGUGUCUUCCCCUUUUCCUAUGACAAGCAGAUGUACUUCGAAUGCACAACAAUCAAUAACAACCACAUUCCCUGGUGUGCCACAACCAGUGAUUAUCCCAAAGACAACAAGUGGGGUAAUUGCCCUUUUACAGGGCCUCCUACCACUGGUGGAAACAGUAAUGGUGCACCCUGUAAAUUUCCUUUUAAAUACAAUGAUAAGGAUUACUAUUACUGCACUACAGACAAUGAGGAAUCAAAAAAACUCUGGUGCGCUACAGUUUCAAAUUAUGCUCAAGACGCAAAGUGGGGAUACUGCCCCACAUCAGGCAUUGUCACGGUAGGCGGUAAUGAUCCUGGAAAAGAGUGUGUCUUCCCCUUUUCCUAUGACAAGCAGAUGUACUUCGAAUGCACAACAAUCAAUAACAACCACAUUCCCUGGUGUGCCACAACCAGUGAUUUUGCCAAAGACAACAAGUGGGGUAACUGCCCUUUUACAGGCAUUGUCACGGUAGGCGGUAAUGAUCCUGGAAAAGUGUGUGUCUUCCCCUUUUCCUAUGACAAGCAGAUGUACUACGAAUGCACAACAAUCAAUAACAACCACAUUCCCUGGUGUGCCACAACCAGUGAUUAUCCCAAAGACAACAAGUGGGGUAACUGCCCUUUUACAGGGCCUCCUACCACUGGUGGAAACAGUAAUGGUGCACCCUGUAAAUUUCCAUUUAAAUACAACAAUAAGGAUUACUAUUACUGCACUACAGACAAUGAGGAAUCAAAAAAACUCUGGUGCGCUACAGUUUCAAAUUAUGCUCAAGACGCAAAGUGGGGAUACUGCCCCACAUCAGGCAUUGUCACGGUAGGCGGUAAUGAUCCUGGAAAAGAGUGUGUCUUCCCCUUUUCCUUUGACAAGCAGAUGUACUUCGAAUGCACAACAAUCAGUAACAACCACAUUCCCUGGUGUUCCACAACCAGUGAUUAUGCCAAAGACAACAAGUGGGGUAACUGCCCUUUUACAGAAGUAACUUGUCAGAUUAAGUCAACCAGUUAUGGAAUGGAAAGAAUCGAACCAGAGGGAAAAACAAUUUUCAGAGCUGGAGAAACAGUAAAAAUUACCUGCUCUGAAAGAUACUGGAUAUUUGGCAUAAAAGAAACCACAAAAUCAUUUACAUGCCAAAUUGACGGGCAAUGGGAUUACGAGCCUACUUGUGUGGAUAUUAGAUGUGAAGUUCCACAUGACAGGCGUGUUUCUGAUCCAGAAAUUUACUUUAGAGGAGACUUAAAAUUGGAUGCAGAAAUAUAUUACUAUUGUAAUUCUGGAUAUAUUAAAAUGAGACGGCUGGCCAAAUGUACACGAGACGGCUGGAAACCAGAUCCACUGUGUGCUGAUAUUACAUGUGAAGCACCAACAAUCCCAAAUGCAGAGAUUGAGGGAGAUCAGAGACAAAACUAUGAAGUCUCUUCAAGAAUAGUAUAUAAAUGUCACUCUGGAUUUAAACCAGAGCAGCGUGUACAAAUCACCUGUAAUUCCCAGGGCCAAUGGACAGGCAUACAGCACUGCACUGAGGAUGUGCGUUGUGACAUUCCUCCAAAAGUGGAAAAUGCAGUCAUGACCUCUGACCCUCAGAAAUUUUAUCCUGAAGGAUCUUCUGUAACAUACAAAUGUCGAAACUUAUUCACAAUCAGGGGGCCUAGCAGAGUUUUUUGCCACAACGCAUCUUGGGGAGAAACACCGAAAUGUGAAGUUUUCUGUUUAAAACCUCUUCGGACAGUAAACAAUGCCAUGCUGGUAGAUGAAAACCAAGACAAGAGAGAAUAUUCAUAUGGAGAUACAGUACACUAUAAGUGUGUUGAGGAAUUUGAGUCGAGGGAGACAACUGCUAAAUGUGACGUACAAACCUGGAUUUACCCGAAAUGUAUUAAAAAAUCUCAGUGUUCCAAACCAACAAAGUACAUGACGUUUGUGACACUGUUAAAUGAGAAAAAUGUGUACAACAACUUUGAAAAUUUGUCAUACAAGUGCAAAAGUCCAUAUGAUAAAAUCCCAGAAGGUACUUGGACGUGUGAAGAUAAAGAAUGGUAUGGAGCAUUUGUCUGCACAAGUGAAAUCUGUCCACCACCACCUCAUCUUGAACAUGGAGACUAUACUGUAGUUAGAAAGAAUGGUGAAGUAAUUACAGAGGUUUAUUAUACUUGCCAAAGAGACUAUGUGCUAGAUAAACAACAGCAAUAUUAUAAGUGUCAGAAUGGGAGAUGGGAGACCCCUCCAAAGUGUCUGGCGCCCUGUGAAAUUACAUCUGACAGUAUUAAGAAGUACAAUGUACAACCCCCCCAAUAUAAGGUCUAUGUAAAACAUGGUGAAAUGUAUGGACUUUAUUGCAAUUCUGGAUGGAAUAUUGGAGAUUGGAGGAGAUCUGAACAUCUUUACGUGUCGUGUUCUAAUGGAGAGUUAAUAUCUGACAAAACUUGCAAUACAGACAAUUAUUUUGGGUGAAAAGAAACUGGAGUGGAAACACUGAGAUCUGAAGAUCCCUCUGAUGUAUCCAGAGCAUGAAGAUGGACACACAAACACACACGCAUGCAGACAUAUAUGUUCAAUACUGAUUCCAUUAACAUGCUUAUGUUAAUGUUAUCUGAUUUUAUGUGAUUUAACAAAAACUUUUCUUUUGUCAAAAUUGAUUCAGAAAAAUGUUUGGCAUAAAAACAUUGUAUUCAAACACUUUACACUGAGUUUAAUAUCCUUUUACAUUAUUUUGUUAUUUUCUUUACACCUAAAAAAUAAAAAAUAAAUGUUAACCUAAAAAAAAUGUGCUUCAUGCUGUAACAUCUAAAUAAACUGGUUUGAAUCAA